CAAUCAUCGAUCAAGUUCAUUUCAGUCAUUGUACUCUUGUUGGGUGCAAGUGACAUGACACCGCAUUCGCAUUCGCAUUUCGCAUUUCGCACUCGCUAAUAAACAUUGAGAUGAGGUCUCCGGGCUCUGGCACUCCGACUAGGUACUGGUCCGAUCAGACUCAACUCCAGAGCCUGGGCUUAGAAAUCUAAGCCUUGUAGUGCUCUUGCAACGUCUAUAUUACAGAGAACAAUCAAAACGAACUAAACCCAUGUUUCCACAAGCUGCCUCUCAAGUCAACCGACAUCAUAACUCGCCAGCCAAAAGAAAAAGAAAAGCCAUAACCUUCAAGACGACGUCCUACAAUGGCAGAUCUCAAAGAGAUACUUGUGAUCGGCGGCACGGGCGCUCAAGGCAUGCCCGUUGUCAAAGCCCUGUCCCAGAGCGGACAGUACCGUGUCCGGGUCCUGACCCGCAACGCCGAGUCCACCCGGGCCAAGCAGCUCGCCGCGCUCCCAAACGUGAGCCUGAUCCAAGGCACCCAGGACAGCCAGCAGGAUCUGCACAGGGCGUUCCGCGGUGUGUACGGCGCCUGGGUCAACACGGACGGCUUCACGCUGGGAGAGAAGAACGAACUCUUCUACGGCUUCCGCGCGUACGAGAUUGCUCGAGCUGAAGGGGUGCAGCACUAUGUCUGGGCAAACAUCGAGUAUGCGUUGGAGAUUGCGGGGUUUGACGAGAGUUACCACUGCGGCCAUAUGGAUGCCAAGGGCAGGAUCGGGAAGUUCAUUCUUGCGCAGGGGCAGGAUCAGAUGAUGAAGAGCUCUCUCCUGAGCACCGGUCCGUACAUGGAGAUGCUUCUGGACGGAAUGUUCGUACCGGCCGAGCAGGAAGACGGGUCGUUUGUGUGGGCGAACCCAGCUACUAAGGACGCAAAACUGCCUCUGAUCGCGCUCGACGACGUGGGCGUCUACAGCCUCUGGCUCUUCGACAACCCCGGCGAGUCGGCGGGUCUAGACCUCUCCGUCGUGACAGACUGGGUCAGCUUCGGCGACAUCGCAAAGACCUUCACCGAAGUCACGGGUAAACGGGGCGUGCACAAGUCUAUCCCCUGGGAAGCCUACGCGGCCGCUGCGGAGCCGUACCCGGGCGCCUAUGUCAACUGGUCCCUCGGCCCCGAUGCGGGCCGAGACGAGUCGGUCAUGAAGUGGACGGACAACUUCGGGGCCUGGUGGAAGUACUGGGCCGGUGGGCUCAGCCCGCCGCGGGACCUGGCCCUCCUGGAUCGCAUCCAUCCUCGGCGGAUCAGGAGCUUGGCUGAGUGGAUGAAGCGCGUCGGCUAUGAUGGGAAGCCGGGGAGUGUCUUGAAGAUGGUCGAAGACUGGCGCAAGCAAGGAGGGAGCAUCGGCAGAGAAGUGAUGGGAUGAGGCAGCAUGAUGGAUGACAGCUUGUAGUGGCAAGGACCGCUUAGUUGUAGGCAUCGCAGCUUUCCUUUGCACAGGGUAGGAGCUAGAUUUCCUUGCGAGUGUUACUCAAGCCGUUUGUUCUUGUCGAAGGGCUUUUUCACCGGUGGUUGUAUCCAAGCUAGCGUGCUUUGCUUCGUAAGUACUAGUACCUUCUUACCUUGUCAAUGUCCCGUAAAUAA